UCGAACGCGAAUUACAGCGGAGUUUUGUAGCCCAGCAGGGUCUCUCAAGCUGAGAAGGUUCGACGUUUUCGGCUCCUCAGAUGCCCAGCUAAUAGUAAGGUUUGCCAAAAGCGCCACCAUCUGGCUGAUUCAAUUGCUACCUGGUCCUUUGUUCCACAAGUCACCGAUUACCUAUGCUGAAAGCUUGGUACGCACCGGCAAGGCUACUGAUUUUGGGCAAAAACUACUGCUUGUAGCAGGGAGACAGCUGAGUGAUGGCCCACUCAUCAUCCUGGUGAGAAAGUUUCUCAUGGAACGAGGCGUUGGAUUCGUAUUACAUCCAUGUCACGCAUGCGACCCUAACCUCGCCUGCCUACCCUUCGAUCCCGCCCCUGCACAUUAUGACUAUUUUGGUGAUAUCGCGAUGCCGCUUCUCAGAUGGUUAGGAGCAAUUCAUACAAAUGCACUGAAUCAAACUGCACUAGAAAACGACACGGUGAUCUAUCAAGGCGAUGAAGCCAUAGAAAGUUAUGCCAACCUUGUCCGUUGGAAUGCUACCAAGAUAGGCUGCGCUUGGAUCAAAUGCCCAAAUAAAUGCAUCCCGCACGGUGACGUCUACACUGCGUACUGCCUAACAAAUCAACAACCUCUCAAAGAAGGCGAUAUCAUCUACGAAAAAGGGCUUGGCGGAUGUAGCAACGAAACGGAUUGUCCAGAACCUUAUAAAUGUGAUGCUAUUUCUGGUUUGUGUGGAACAUUAAACGUUACUGCUAAAUUUGCUUUAUAA